AUGACGUCAUUUGUAAACUCGUUACCAUGCCAAAAAAGGACCAACAUACAAGCGCCACGAGUAUUACGUCUUCUUGAGGAAAAAUACAUUUUCGUGAAGAAAAAGACAAGAAGUGAAAUUCCACUUCUUACAACCACUCCAUUUCCACGACGAAGAACUACUCGAGUUGCAGACGCUUCAAACAUACCGGGAACUACUUAUUGUCCGUGGGUCUGGGAACAGGACGAUGAUCCCGAACGUGUCCCGCGGAUAUUAGUAAAAGCUAAGUGUCCUGGAUGUAAACAUUUUUGUAAACCUGUACACUACCACCACACGGUUCUAAUAGCAAAAUGCGACAAAACUACUGGUCACAAAGUAUGGAAGUGGAGGGAGAGAAAACUUGCCGUGGCAUAUGUUUAUGAACCUUACGAUUGA